AUGAAAGCAAAGACUGUGCAAUUCGUACAAGGACAGUUUGUGAGCUCAUAUGACGCCACAAUCGAAGACAGUUAUCGCAAACACUUUACCGUUGAUGGUGAGGACUGUCGGUUGGAAAUUCUCGACACGGCCGGUACGGAACAAUUCAGCGGAAUGCGAGAUCUGUACGUCAGGAACGGUCAAGGAUUCAUCUUAGUCUACUCUAUCAAUGACCGGAACUCACUCAAUGAACUUAAAGAAAUUCACGAUGUUAUAGUGAAACUAAAACAGAGCGAAAACGUGCCUAUGGUGCUUGUCGGGAAUAAAACGGAUUUAAGGAGAGUGAUUCCGACCAGUAUGGGCCGUGAUAUGAGCAAACAGUUUGGCUGUUCCUUCUAUGAAACUAGCGCUAAGCUCAAUGAAAACGUCGUAGAGUUUGCGCAGUUUUUUCCAAUCGCAGUUUAA